AUGCUGUGUGUUGUCGGCGUCGUUGCCGUGGUGAUUAUAGCAUCAACCCAGGCGGAGUAUUUUCGCUUUCGGAUGCCUGAAGAGGUGUCUGUCAACACCGUGAUAGCUGAACUUCCACGUCUCCUGAAUGUUCCACCGAUGGAGGAGUUCAUCAACGCUGAUUCCAAGUUCAAAUUACUCAGUUCCAACCCCGUUUACCACCGGCUCUUUGCAGUGGAUCAGCGCAGCGGAAUUCUACGGACUAACGGACCUAUUGAUCGCGAUCAGCUCUGCCAGAGGGCUGAGCUGUGCUGUAACAUGGUGGAGCAGCACGAGGUCACCAACAUUAACGACAUCAAGGUGGUGGGGAUGGAGGCGGUGCAGAACAAAAUGCGCAAAGACCGGAUCUUUACUGGUCUGAUCUGCAAACUCGACUUCCGCGUGGCGUUCAGCUCCAAGACGGCCAAAUUCCCAACCUCCUUCGCGUCCAUUCAGAUUGAAUUAAUGGACCUUAAUGAUAAUGUGCCCAAAUUCACUGAACUGUCAAGCAGUCAAGUAUCGCGCAACUACGAUGGCAGUCUGGUGUACGUUGUGUCCAUUCCGGAGAGUGCCCACACUGGAUAUCAACUGCCCCUCCCGCUGGCCCAAGAUGGCGACGCUGGCGCGUUUGGGGUGGUGGGAUAUCGGCUGGAAGAGCCAUCGACUCAAGCGAGGUCCCAAGCAGAUCAUCGAUUCUCUCCUGGCUUCCCAUUUGUCCUCAUUCCCACGCGUCGCGACGAUGGAGUGAUUCUGCCGAAAUUGGAACUACGCGAACCGUUGGAUUUUGAGACGAGGCAGAACUACUACGCCACCCUCAUCGCUCAUGACGAAGAUCGAUUCACACCCAACUCCGCUGAAAUCCUCAUUCAAAUUGACGUCCUCGACGAGAACGACAACCAGCCUGUUGUCAGCGUUCGAACCCCCUUGCACAACAGUCUGGACACCUCAAGUGUUGGCAGUGGACCUCUCCAAAUCAGCGUCCGUGAGGACUGCGCAGUUGGCACUCUGUUGGCGCAUUUCGAAGCGAGAGACGCAGACAGUGGCGACAAUGGAAGGGUUACCUUCGCAUGGGGUGAAACCACGCCACCGCAGGUUCAACGCCUCUUUGAACUGCAUCCAAAUUCCGGCGAGUUGAGACUUGCCGACCGUCUGGACUACGACAGUCUGGUGAAGUCGUCGCUCCACCGAGGCGUCGAUGCCUACAACCUCGUCGUGGUUGCCUCAGACGACGGCAGACCAAACCGACUAUCGACUACUGCCAGCAUCGCCAUCGAAGUAGUGGAUGUUAACGACGAGGAGCCGAUGAUCACCGUGAUGGACCUGGCCAACCGCAGUCCCACGCAGUUGGAGGUCCUAGAGAACGAAGACAAGGACACCUUCGUCGCCUUGGUCACCGUCCAGGACUUGGACGGAGCUAGCGGACCCAAUGGACAGUUUGUCUGCACCUUGAACAACACGCAAUUUCGUCUGGUGGCGGCUGACGCCUUCAUGAGUCAUAAGAUGUCACUUCCAGGAGGCCUGAUUGGAUUCGACGAGGUGCCUGGUGGACUUCACUCCGUGACAGGCGCUGGUAGGGCGGAAUUCCAACUCGUCACAGCCAACAGUUUUGACCGGGAACAGGCCGCACUUCACUACGUCGCCAUCCGAUGCCGCGACAACGGAUCACCGCCGCUUGAAAGUCAGGUUUGUUACAAGCCGUUUGCAUUUCAAAAUGUACCGAUGCGUGUGCCACUAAAAUAUGCAGGCGGUUGGUCGAGUAUUGAGGUCACACAGUGCGCGAACACACAAAGCCACUAA